CUUUUAUUUGAUGUAACCGCGCCCGUGAAACCAUAAAUACAGGCCAAGAGAAAAAUUUAUACUAUUGCUGAGCUUUUUUAUCUUCUUUCACUAAUAAAAAAAAAAAAAAAAUGAGUGAACGUGAACAUUUACUCCCUCCUCAUUAUGAGGAAGAACAAGUGACAUUCAAGUCGUCUUUUAUGCAUACUUUGAAGUCUUCUCACAUUAACUGGCUUCUCAUCUUUGUACCCAUUGCUUUGGCUUUUUCCGGUGCCUCUGACAGUGUUGUCUUUAGUUUGAAUUUCAUUGCCAUUAUUCCCCUUGCCAAACUUCUCGGUUAUGCUACCGAGGAAAUUGCCUUAAGAUGUGGUUCCGUUAUUGGUUCUCUUUUAAACGCUACUUUUGGUAAUGCUGUUGAACUUAUUCUCGGUAUGAUUGCUUUAAAGCAAGGAUUAAUCCGUGUUGUGCAAGCUUCUAUUUUGGGUUCCAUCUUGUCCAACAUUUUACUCGUCCUUGGUUGUUGUUUCUUGUUGGGUGGUAUUGGUCGCUCUGAGCAAUCUUUCAAUGCUACUGCUGCACAAACCAACACCUCUCUUUUGGCCUUGACUACUCUUUCUUUGUUGAUUCCUGCUGCUUUUAGUGCUACUGCUGCUACUACCAACGAAGUUAACACUGGUAUUAUUAACCUCUCUCAUGGUACUGCCAUCAUCUUGUUGAUCGUUUACGGUUUGUACUUGGUUUUCCAACUCAAGACUCACUCCGCUUUGUUUGAAGAUGAGGCUGAUGAGGAAGAGAAGCCCCAUACCACCAUUGUCUUUUCUGUUGUCUGCUUGUUGGCUAUUGCUGGUUUGAUUGCUAUUCAUGCUGAACAUCUCGUUGGCGCUAUUGAAGGUGUUGUCGAAGUUUGGGGAUUAAAUGAAACUUUUGUCGGUCUUAUUAUCCUUCCCCUUGUUGGUAAUGCUGCUGAACACGUCAGCUCUGUUACAUUUGCCAUGAAGAACAAGAUGAACUUGUGUAUUGGUAUUGCCAUUUCUUCUUCUCUUCAAAUCGGUCUUUUGGUUUCUCCCGUCCUUGUGUUGACAGGUUGGUUUAUUGAUGUUCCCAUGACCUUUUUCUUUGAGAUUUUCGAAACUGUUGUUUUGUUUGCGUCUGUUAUGAUUGUCAAUUAUCUUAUUGCAGAUGGUAAGUCUAACUGGCUCGAAGGUGCUUUACUCUUGGCCGUUUAUACCAUUGUCGCUAUGGCAUUCUUUUACCAUCCUAUUGUUUAAAUAGAACAAUAAAAAAAAAAGUCUCUUUCUUCGAUGUAACCCCCCUGGCUGGCGGGGUGCACUAUCCUAUUUGUUUUUUUUUUCGUGAUACAUUGCACCGUUUUGUGUUUAUUUACCUUUUAAGAGUGUUACAGAAAAAGAAAGAAAGGGUGGGUCAUAUGGUAAAUUCUGGCAUGGGUGAC